AUGUCGGCCCUGGUGCUCAGCUCAAUAAUGGUCCCUGAGGAUUCCCAAUAUUGAAUACUGAAUAGCUCCGAACCAUGGAUACAUUUCGCAUAUUCCCCUCUCUUACCUCUCGCCACACAACCAUAAAAUAGUACCAUCAUCCCGCAAGAUGCGCCAUUUGCCCCGUGUGAGAUUCCUCCCGGCAGAUCACAACGUUCGUACAGUACAUCUGUAGAUCGCUAUGUCGCAUCCUGACGUGGGACAUGUGGUCGGAUGGUACAUCUGCACCAUCGUGGCGUUUGUGUUUAUGCUCGCGCGGCUGGUCGUGCGAUGGACGCAGUUUCAUAAGUUCUAUACUGAUGAUUUUCUGAUUGCGCUGUCCGUAGGAGGGCUUAUUGCGACAUUGGGGAUUCAGCAUUACAUGUUUGAUAAUGCAAUGUCCGAAAUGCAGAACGCAACCAAACAAGAAACAAUCAACAUGAUGCAAAUGAUCAUUCCCGGCUCAAUCCUCUACAUCACCUCCCUCUGGCUCAUCAAAGCUGCAAUGGUCAUCUUCUACAAGCGUCUUGCCGACCGCACGCGCUACCAGACCAUCUACAACAUCACCCUCGGCCUCCUGGCCGCGACCUGGGCGACUAUCUUCUUCCAUAUCAUUUUCAAGUGCUACCCGCCGGAUCGAUUAUGGGAUUUGGAUCAUCCAGAGAGGGCUUGCCCGGUGUAUCAGGAUAAAGUUGCUUUUUGGCUGAUGGUCCUGCUGAACAUCUUUAGUGAUGUGUUUAUCAUCUGUUUGCCGAUUUCGCAGGUCGUUAAGAUCAAGAUGCCGUUUAAGCAGAAACUGGGUGUGCUCAGUAUUUUCCUGCUUGGUUUUCUGGUUGUUAUCUCUAGCAUAAUCCGUGCAAUCUACUCCUCCAAAAACGAACAACUAAUCACUUGCACUGUCUCCAUGAUCGAAACCGCCAUCGCCACAAUCGCCUCCUGCCUCCCCGUCCUGCGUACAUUAUUCUUCGGCUCGCGCUCCCGCUCCAACACCGGCACCGGCACAGGAAGUCGCAGCCGAAGUCGCACAUUCGAAUUGUCCUUCGGUCAGUCACAGUCGACGCAUAAGGGAGCGACGAGUAUUUCUGCAGAGAGGCCAAGGAGUCAGUGGGAGUGGCAGUGGCAGCGAAGCGGGGGAGUGCAGAGUCUGGAGGACGAGAGCGAGGAUGAAUUGGUGAAGAAUGGGAAUAAUAAUGGGAGGACUACGCCGCGUAUGGGGAUUGCGGUUACGACGGAGUAUGAGGUUGGGAGGUAAUUAAUUUUAAUUUAUUUACAGAUAUUGUUUGGUGUUGGCUAUAGUACGGCCCGCUGCAAGAAGAAUAAGUUUCGUCCUUUCUCUGUCUUCACGAAGCCGGUUUUCCCGAUUGGUUCUUCUGUCCACGAUGCCAUUUGCGCCAGUGUCUGUCCGUCGCCAUGGUUUGCUACGAAGCGAUGUCCAUUCUCGAGUCGGCCGAUGAUGUACGCUCGUGCCGGUGUGUUGUCGCGGUUGAAGUCGACUGUGUAUGUCUCGAUCACGGCGGAUCCGCUGGCCGUUUCGUCUACUGCAGGAGGUGCGUCGGCGUCUACGGCACGAGUACCGUUUGGAUAGGCGCCGAUACCGGGAAGAGUCGAUAGACAUACGGUAUGUUGGUAUGAAAGAACGCCCCCGUUAGCUAAGACUAGAGCAUGCCGGCCUUUUCCAGAGCGCAGUUGGCGGAUU